GAUUUCCUCAUGCUAAAGGUAGGAUGUGCAGGUGGCUUCUCUGGCCAUGACUCCAGGGUCUCGCCCCUCAGGGUCUGCACACGCCCCACUGGUCCGUCUCUCUGCAGCUGGGUCCCAUUUAAUGCCCAAGGCUGCACCCAGUGCCGACUGCUCUGUUGGACCAGAGCACGGUGGGCACUGCCUCCCAGCUCUUUGGGUGCUGACAGCAAGCAGAGCUUUGAAGGCAUUCAUCAGAAACUUGUGGGCGGAAGCUUCCAGGGGUUUACUCUGAGCUUCUUGAGGCUUUUUAGAUUCAGAUACAAAGCGAGUGGGUGUCUUUCAAGAGAAACAGAAAGAGAAUGAGAGAGAGAGAGGGAGAGAGAGGUGUUUCCCUCAGUUAUGGAAACACUAUAAAGACAGCUGCGUUCCCUUCUCGUGAGCAGUCAGCAACAGGAGUCCCGACCUCGACCUCGACACCUCAGCCUCCCGCAGGAUUGAGAGAAACAAAACCCUUCCCUGCGGCUGACCCGAGCCACUGGCUGCCAUGCAGCAGCCCUUGAACUACCCGUAUCCCCAGAUCUACUGGGUGGACAGUAGUGCCAGCUCUUCCUGGGCCCCUCCAGAGUCCGUUUUCGCCUGUCCAUCCUCUGUGCCCAGAAGGCCGGGUCAACGGAGGCCCCCGCCCCCACCUCCACCGCCACCUCCACCACUGCCUCCGCUGCCCCCAUUGCCACCACCGCCUCUGAAGAAGAGCAGGGACCACAACACAGGCUUGUGGCUCCUUGUGAUAUUCUUUAUGGUGCUGGUGGCCCUGGUUGGACUGGGCCUGGGAAUGUAUCAGCUCUUCCACCUGCAAAAGGAACUGGCAGAACUCCGCGAGUCAAUCAAUCAAAGAAAUACAGAACCAUCUUUGGAGAAGCAAAUAGGCCACCCCAGUUCACCCUCUGAUAAAAAGGCACUGAGGAGAGCGGCCCAUUUAACAGGUAAGCCCAACUCAAGGUCCAGCCCGCUGGAAUGGGAAGACACCUACGGAAUUUCCCUGAUCUCUGGAGUGAAGUAUCAGAAGGGUGGCCUUGUGAUCAAUGACACUGGGCUGUACUUUGUGUAUUCCAAAAUAUACUUCCGGGGUCAGUCCUGCAACAACCAGCCCCUGAGCCACAAGGUCUACAUGAAGAACUCUAAGUAUCCCCAGGACCUGGUGCUGAUGGAGGGCAAGAUGAUGAACUACUGCACUACUGGCCAGAUGUGGGCCCGCAGCAGCUAUCUGGGGGCUGUGUUCAACUUCACCAGUAAUGACCAUUUAUAUGUCAACGUAUCUGAGCUCUCUCUGGUCAAUUUUGAGGAAUCUAAGACAUUUUUUGGUUUAUAUAAGCUCUAAGAGAAGCACUUGAGGAUUCUCUCCCUGUGGUUCCUUGUUACGGGCACUGGGGACAUUGGCCUGAAUGAAGGUCUUCUUAAGCCUAUUGAGUUCAAGUGCAAAGACAUAACCACAAAGACCUUGAGACCACAGAGUCCAGCAGGUCUGCAGUUCCUCAUCUCACCCAAGGUCCAUGAGCCAGAGAGGAAGAGGAAUAUGGCUGAAGAACACAGAGCUUUGGGCUGCCACGCAAAGGUGCAGGACAUAGAGAAGCCGCUGCCUGGAGGUCUAGACCCAUGUUAAGUGGCCAAGAACAACUUACGUGGAAAAGGAGGACACCUUCGAACCCAACUCCCAGGGUGGGUCUAAUUGCUACCUCAGGGAAAGCUGUCUUCAGAUCCAUGGUUAUAACAGGGAUGGGGAAGGAGAACCAGGCAUGCAUGAUAAGCUAAAGAGACCCAAGGAGGUCAGCACCCCAUUGGUGGCAUCUUUACUUCUAAAUGCAUAUCCUGGGCUACCAGGCCAUGCUAUCAGAGAAGCGAAAGGAGUGUUUGGGGGACUUGGUCCACUCCUACACCAUAUACAUCUCUAGUGCAAUUAUAAGGGAGAGAGAGAGAGAGAGAGAGAGAGAGAGAGUGUGUGUGUGUGUGAGAGAGAGAGAGAGAGAGAGAGAGAGAGAGUGAAUCAGUCUAAAGAGUCACAUACAUAGAGCAAAUGUGAGAUCAUGAAGUAUGUAUUUAGGAAAAACUGUUUUGAAUGCUUCUUGGCAACCAAGUGUAAUAGUCUUCAAAAAAUUUUGUCACCCACCGACAUUCAGCUCUUGAUGCUGUUUUCCUUUAAUAUAACCAAUAUUUAUUUUUUUGCAUUUUUAAUGAAUGGUUGACAUGUAAUAAAAGCUCCACUUUAGCAUCUACAAAAGUAUUGUGAGUGUAAGUUUUGGAAAUCACCAAGAUUUGGGUUUUUUGCUUGUUAGUUUUGUUUUUUUAUCUAUGGUUUCUUCAUUGUGACUUAAGAUCACAUUAAGAAGAAUUUUUUAAGGUGAGAAGAACUGUGCUGCAAAUCCUUUCAUCUGUGCCAGGCUCUUCCCUCUUUUUCUGUCUCUGUCCUCUGUGAACCAGAGUUUCCAUUAUCAAUGUAAUUGAUGGUGCUAAGCUUGCCCAGCUUUCUAGAUACUUGAUGACGAGGUGUCUUCCUGGGGCAGAGCCAUGGUCUGGUGGAAAGGGCACAGACUUUGAACUAAAAAAACAGAAUUUGAAUCUUUGUUCUUCCACCUACUGACUUCACAGGCUCUAGACAGAUCACUAGAACUUUCUUGGGCCAAAAAGAGCUAAUAUGUGCACAAAGUAUCUGACAUGCUGUAGGACAUCAAGAAAUGGUACCCAAGAUUGCUCAUAAACUCUCUUAGAGAAGUGCUUUCUUCUCGGGAAGAAGCUCUUUUGGGGCGGUGCCUCCAGACACCUGGUCACUUGUGUCCUCCCACUCCUCACAAGGACCUUUGGCUGUUUUCUUCAGCUACUCACAAUCAUGGCCUUUCCCUUGACUUUGUUAUCAUUGAAAAUUCAUCCUCUGGAUUUUGGUUUUUGGUGUCUUCUGUUCAUAACAUUAUCAGGUAUGGUUCUAGUUCAAUUACUCCAACAUUUUCUUUUCUAAAAUAUUUUUAAAAUACUGAGAUCUCUAAUUAAUAAACUGUAUCUUUUUCCUAAAGUGUUCAUCAGGUCCUUCCCCAGCUUCACUUCCCUCUCUGCCCAGUUCCUUCAUCCUUCCAUUAGAAUCAGUGCCUUGGAAAGACUCUUAAUUCCAGAAUGAUUCCUUCUUCCCUUGUGUUCUGCUCAUAAGGAUCCAUUUCUUUCGGUUGACAUAUCAGCAGCCACAUGUUGCUGGAGAAAAACUGCCCAAACAGGAUGGCUGAUCUUAUUUUUAUUUAUUGUGUAUUUAAGUCAGCCCAUCCAUUAUUGACUUCUUACUGACUUAUUUCUAUCUUUUGAUUGACUCGAAUAGGCAACGUGUACAGGUACAAAGUUUAAAAGAAAACGCAAGGAUAUAGGAUGAAAGUCUUCUUCUCAUUCUGUCCUGCGGCCCCAUUUCUACUUUCAUAGAAGAUCACCGUCUCAUUGUGCAGCCUUCCAGAGAUGGUGUGUACAUAACCCUGACACCACUUUAUGUCGGAGUUUCUCAGUUUGGGCUCUGCUGAUAUCCCACGGCGGGCAAUCCUUUGUGCUGAGGGCCAUCCUGGGAGUUGUGCCGUGCUUAGCCGCAUCCCUGCCCGAUGCUCGAUAGAAGCCAGGAGCAUCCCCCAUCUGCCCACCCAACAUGUGACAACCCAAAACUACCUCCAGACAUUGUCCCUGGGGGUGAGAGGAGGACAGUUACCCUUGGUUGAAAGCCACUGCUUUACAUUCAUGGUCACAGGUCUCCAGUGGCCCUUCAACACUGCCAGCACCGUUUCUUCGGUUCCCUAGUGAGAUGGGCUUUUGUUUUUUGAGUCAUUUCUGUCAUAUUUUCCCUCUUGCAUCAUCAGCCACAUCCCCACCUCCCACCACGUAACCUUCCUUCCACACAAAACUCAAUUCCAUCUGCAUCGACACCCCCUCUUCCUUUGGUCUGGUUGCAGGAAGAGAACGAUCCAUUUGCCACUAGGCUCACAUUUCCUCUUUCCUUCUUUGCCACUUAAAGUAUCUUUCUCUGUCCCCUAACCCCCAGACCAGCCCCAUCUAGGAAAUCAUUUCUAACAGCAAGUACUCGUGUUAAAGCAGCCCUUUCAGAACAGACAACCCAACCCAGACCAAACAGAAUGAAUCUGCACCUGAACCUUUCUUUCCCCUCCGUCUCCCUCCCAUUUCCCAGGUAGAUACAGACAGCUGAGCAGGUGGGACACCACAAGGCCUCCGCUGUCUUCUCCAGGAUGCUCUGCUUGGAUUUUUCACAUGGAAUUCAAAUGUCAUCUUCUCUCAGACCAUCCUAACUAGGGCCUAUUCUCUUUCCAAUGUUCUAUUGUUGGAAUAGAAAUUCCCAAAGCAGAGCCUUUUCUUCCUUGUUAUUCCUCUAUCCAAAUCACUUAACCCAGUACCUGGGACAUAUUAAGCAUUCAAUAAACAUUUGUUGACUAAAUAACCUUAAUUAUAAGGCAAGGGUCUCUCAGCUUUGGAUGUGUAUGAUUUAGGAGUUGGGGAAUCCAUGUUUAUGCAAUCUCCUGAGCAUGUGAAUAAUCCAGCUUUGAGUAGAUUAUUCAAUGGGAGUUUGAGGUUCCAGAUACUAAAUCAUACUAAUUCACAGCAUUGGAAAAUAAGAAAGAUACAGCUGGUUUCUGGUAGUGCCAGGAGUUUAGUUAGGAGAGGGCUGAAGGAAAUUACCAUUGCUUCAGUAAAACUAUCAUUUAGAAGAUAGUCAAUAAGUAUUUGUUGAAUAAAUUAAAGAACAAAACCAAAGUUCCAGGUUGGAAGGUGUCAUCUAAUCUUCCUAAAACUUCACUCAUCUACUUUGGAGGAUGAGGUUCCUGACUGGACAUCUCAUGAAGACAGAGAGGUUUUGCCCUUACCUGGGCUGCUGAUCCGCAUUUCCAGCCACCAUGAUGAAAUCCUCCUUGUCUUUUCCCUCCUGUUUUGACUUCAGCCAUCAAGUGUGCCAGUUGCAGGGGUCAUGGAAAGUUUUCUGGUAUAUGUAUGAUUUUUUUGGUCAAUGGUACCUUCUAGAUAAUAGUACCUUGUAUCACAGCAAGAGGCAGUGGGGAUGGAGCUGGGCAUCCUGAGACGACUUGGUGCCAUCAGCUAAUGGUGACACCACUGGCCCAAGAUCUCUCCAAGCCUCAGCUGCACUAGGAUACCUUUGGGAUCCUCUGAAGACAGGAUUAGAGCUUACUGUGCUUUCAGGACUGGUUCCAGGGAAGAGGUGUUAACAAUUCGUUUGAAACACUGAGCUAUUUUUCUCUAACACAGAACGUAGGGAAUGUCAGAAACCCAGGACCUUUGUUCCUUGAAGGUGGGACCUGCCGUUGCUCCUCUGUGAAAAGCUAACCCCAAAGUAGAACACAGGUUUCACACAAAAAAGGCUUCUGCUGGUUCAGUUGUUCGAGGUUUCUUCUUUCUUUUUGUUUUUUCAAACAACUAAAAACACACAAAACCCGUGUCUUUCCUUAGCCCCUCAGAGUGGUGACUUUGUGUUCUCUGAAGUAGGUUUUGACUUACCACAGCUGAACAGGAAAGAGCUCUGCUGUGGGCAUCAUGGUGAGGGUGACAAAUUCGCAAUGAUAACUUAUCGGAAGAGGGAAGUGGAAGGGAGAAGCCAGGCCCCUCAAAGCCAGACCCUGGGCUCUCUGUGGUGGGUUGAGUCCUAGACAUUCUCUGCCGCCCCCCCCUUUUUAAAGAUAAACAUAUUAUAUCUAUCUUUAUUUUAUUUAUUUUUAUGUGGUGCUAAGAAUUGAACCCAGUGCCUCACACAUGUGAGGCAAGCGCUCUACCACUGAGCUACAACCCCAACCUCUCUGGUCCCUUUUUGAAGCAGCAUGUUAACUUACAUUCUUUAGGGACCUGAGUAAAAUCUGGUGUUAGUAGAGAUGGAUUUUACUUUUUUUUUUUUUUUUUUUUUUAACUUUCCAAGGUUUUGGAUCAUCCAGAAUCAGAUUAAGGAGAUUCUAUUAAUGAUUCCUAUUAGGACUAAUAGGAUUAAUACAGCUCAGAAAUGAGUCCUGUUCAGAAACAAUAGACCUAUUGACAGUGCCAGGGACCUUUUCGAUUCUCUUGGAAGGCAGCCAGCCUGAGGACCUGGUGGGUGCUGGGCCCCAGAGUCUACCCAGUGGGUGGAACGCACCUCCUCAAUGGAGGGCUGCCCACAUGGGUCCAGUCUUCCCCCUCCUGCUAGACCCCUCUCCACAUUUCUGGAAAAACGGCAGAAAAGGCAGUGUAGAUGUCUCUCUCCCCCACCCACCCAGUCUCUCAGGCUUUGGGGCCAUCCUUCCUUCUGAUUCUCAAUGGGAUGAUGUGACCUUUGACCCCGCCUUCUGUGGGAAGUGCAGUCUUCUCUCCAGGCCCCUGGACACUCAGGAGAGACCCUCCUUCUCUUGGGCAGUCCCCACGGCAGCCAGUUUCCUGGUUCUGCUUUGGACUCUAGCAGUGGCCACUCACUCAGGGCUCCUACCACUGCCUCUGGGGGACACUUCUCUUGUCUUCAAGGCCUUCUUACCAUGAGCUGCUGUGUGUGGACGGAGUUCACCGGAGGUUUGGGGUAAUGGAGAAAGAUCACCUUAUGGCACAUGUGUGUGAGCUGUCUCUCUCCACCACUCCCCCAUCUUCCACAAGUAUCUCCUUGAAGACGCCACCCCACAUUCCUAUUCGAAGUGAGGGGGGCACUUUAUUUAUUUGUUCAUUCCUCAACAAGUGCUUUUCCAGUGUCUUCUGGGUCCUAGAAACCGUGCUUGAUACUGUGGAACAAGGGAAAACAAAACCUCUGUGGAGUUAGUGUUAAUGGAGAGAAGGUGACGAUUAAAAAAAAAAAAGCAGAUCAAUAUUCAGGUGACGUGGUAGGAAGUGCUACGAAGAACAAGUAAGCAGGUCAGGCAGCAGAGCACCAGGGAGAAAGGGUGCCUGACAGGAAGGAGAGGAGCCUGGGCAGAGCCCACCAAGCAGAGACAGCGCCACACCCAGCCUUGGGUCCCAGAGCUGUUUGGGCACCUGAGGCCAGGGGGCUGGUUAAGGUGAGCUAGGGGAAACCGGUAGGAAAUAAAAUUGGAGGAGUAACCAGGAACGAGAUGAUGUGGGGCCCGGAAAAUGUGGAAAGGUCUGUGGGUUCUAUUCUAAUUGUGAUGGAAAGUCACUAGACAGCUGGGAGGUGAUAACACGUAAUGUAAAAGGAACAUCCAGUUGUUCAUGGAGAACAGGCUGUGGCCAGUCCAGCUCUGACCUGGGAGAUGGUAAGAAGGCUGCCUGAGCAGCCCAAUGGGGGACAGCAGCAGUGUGAGCAAGGGGGCUGCUGACUGUGCUGUUGACAGCUCUCGAGGACAUUAGAGUUAACUAAUAUAUUCACUGGCUCAGGAGUGACAGAAGGGGUCAUUCUCUGACUUUUGAUCUGAGUAGCUGGCAGAGGUGGGUGCUGACCUUGGUAGGAGGCACAGUCUGGAAUGGAGGCAGAAGACUGUUUCCUCCUUUGUGUUGCUGAGUUGGUGCCACGGGGCUGGCUCAGCUGGUGGAAGGCAGAGGCCGGCCAGCCUCUGGGUUUUGCAUGAGUCUGCUCAUAGACAAGACUUUGUAACAGCCUCCAGAAGGAAGGAAAACGUUGUAUGUUGGGAUUACCACAGGAAAACCAAAAGCUGUUCCAGUUGCUGAAUGCCACUCAUUGCAGACCUUGGGUUCAGAUGUGAUCUCAGAAAUAGUAAUGGGGACUUUCCCCUCCAAGCCAGGAGUGCUUCCGCCAUAUUUCCAGGUGGCCACAUACUCUCAUCUCCAAGCUUCCUGCAGAAGGGCCUUACUGAGCAUCUGUUUCUGCACUGGAUGAUAUUGCAUUUUAUAAAGUUCUUUCUUAGGUUUUAAAUCCUCUGUUUUUAAGUUCCACACACUCUAUGCAUGGCUCCCAAAGCUCUCUCGUACCUUAUCUUGUUCAGGUUUCACAACAGCCCUGUCAUGCAGAUUGUUACCCUUGUUUCAUACAUGAAAGCAGCUGAAACGGAAAAGUCAUGGGCCUUGCUCAAGGGGACAGAGUGUAUAGAUGGUGAAGCUGGGACUUGAUCCUAGCCAUCUCACCCUAAACUGAACACUUAGGGUUUCCAUAUGCAAAGAGACUUCUAGAACCUACAUGACAGUGCUCUCUCCGUGAGCCUCAUUCCAUUAAUUUCCAGCGACACUUCUUAUGAGAGGUGAAUGUUAUAAUUGCAUUUUGAUUUCAGUCUCUCUUUGCCCAAUAUCCAUACUCUGUAUUAUAUAGAAAUAUACGUGAAGUUCAUUGCAUAAGUAUGUAUUAUAUACAUAAAUAAAGAUAUAUAUGGUCUCA